UGUGCUCGGGACGCUUUGAGGCGGAGAAGGGAACCGCGCCGCUAGAGCGCGCAUUACGGUAGAAUCUAGGACCAGCGCCUGCAGUCGCAGCUCAGCCCGAGCAGCAUCCCAUUCAACAGGAGGCAGCGCCCGUGACCAUCAUGGCCAAAGAGCGGCCAGAGAAAGCCGAGGAGACCGAGCAAAUGAUAGAGAAAGAAGUGGCGAAGGAGGCGGCGGAGGGAGGAGGAGCCGGGGAUGGCAGAGACAUGAGAGCCGUGUUACUCUCCGGUUUUGGUGGGCUCAACAAGCUGCGGGUGGCCCGGAAAGUGAUGCCUGAACCACAGGAGGGAGAGCUGAAGAUCCGGGUCAAAGCCUGUGGUCUAAACUUCAUAGAUUUGAUGGUCCGGCAAGGAAAUAUUGACAAUCCUCCAAAAACACCGCUGGUUCCUGGUUUUGAGCUUUCUGGGAUUGUUGAAGCAAUUGGAGGAAAUGUUACUGGCUUUGAGAUAGGUGACCGUGUUAUGGCUUUUACCAACUACAAUGCGUGGGCAGAGGUUGUGUGCACACCCGCAGAGUUUGUCUACAAUAUCCCCGAUGACAUGAGCUUCUCUGAAGCUGCCUCUUUUCCAAUGAACUUUGUUACGGCCUACAUGAUGCUGUUUGAAGUGGCCAAUCUCAGAGAAGGAAUGUCUGUUCUGGUCCAUUCUGCUGGUGGUGGAGUGGGACAAGCGGUGGCACAGCUCUGUUCCACAAUUCCCGAUGUAAGAGUUUUUGGAACUGCUUCAUCUUUUAAACAUGAGGCUAUUAAGAAUUCUCUCACUCAUCUUUUUGACAGAAAUGCAGAUUAUGUCCAAGAAGUUAAAAGAAUCUCUCCUGAUGGAGUAGACAUUGUUCUAGACUGUUUAUGUGGUGACAACACUGGAAAAGGCAUUGGUCUGCUUAAACCACUGGGAACAUAUAUAUUAUAUGGCUCAUCUAAUAUGGUAACCGGAGAAACUAAAAGCUUCUUCAGUUUUGCUAAAUCGUGGUGGCAAGUGGAAAAAGUAAAUCCCAUCAAGUUGUAUGAAGAAAAUAAAAUAAUGGCUGGCUUCUCCCUCUUAAACCUGCUUUUCAAACAAGGUCGUGCUGGUGUUAUCAAGGGGGUGGUAGAUAAACUUCUUGCACUGUAUAACCAGAAGAAAAUUAAGCCUUUGGUUGAUUCAUUAUGGGCCUUGGAAGAGGUUAAAGAAGCAAUGCAGAGAAUCCAUGAUAGAGGGAAUAUUGGAAAACUUGUUCUGGACGUUGAAAAAGCUCCAACCCCUUUGAUGGCCAAUGACAGCACCGAAACCAGUGAGGCAGGGGAAGAAGAAGAAGACCAUGAAUUAGACACUGAGAACAAGGAACGCAUGCCUUUCAUCCAGUGAGGAUAUCCUGAGAAAGUCUGAUGAAAAUUUCGGAAUCUGGAAACUCUACUCUGUGCAUCAUUGAACAAACCUGCUGUAGUACAGUGUGUGUUGUAUUUGUCUGCAGUCAGCUGAGCUCUAAGCUGUUGAACAAUGUUGUUUUUGAUGUGGCAGUAAAUGUCUAGUUGGCAGCCUUUAGUGGGGCUGGCAUGGCACAGAAUAGGCUUACAGAGCCCGUGAACCACUCUCUGGAUUCUUAAAUCCUCUGCAAUCAAAGGCCCUGAGAAUCAAAAUAUUUAGGGGGUUAUUAAUCAAUGGUCGAGUUGUGUUUUUCCAAAAAAUUAGUUUUUCAAGGAAUCUGGUAAAAGCCCGAAUCUGAAAACACUCUAGCUAAAACCUGUCAAGAUCAAGUCAAUGGCAGAGGUCCCUUGAACCAUUUGAAGAUGUUUUUAGCCUUCGUGAUUUUCUGAUUUUUUUCAGUGGUUUGCGCUAGAAACCUGAGCUAUUCAAGUUGUUGUUUUUUUAAAUCAGAUUUUUGAGUCCCUCCCCAUGAUUGCAUUCACUCAAGUUUUUUACAUUCUAGUUUUUUCAUAAAUAAGCAAACAUUCAAGUUGUGAGUUUGAGGUAAAAAAAACAAAACUCACAAACUCGACCUCUGAUAAAUAACUCCCAUAACGUGUUAACUGGAAAAUUCCAGGUUUAGAUUCAGUGGUAGCAAAAGCUAAUGGCUGCUACUGGUGGCUUACAUUCCAACUAAAUGUUGUCAAUAAGCAGAACUGCCAUUAUAACUAAGUGCCAAUCCCUGUUCAGUAUUACUGUGUUUCAUAUUGUGAUACACCCAGUGCACCCACUUCAUACCCCAAAUGAGUGAAACACUUCAGGACUUCAGAAAAAAAAAAUCCUGUCUGAAAAUUCUGAAUUGCUUAAUGCGACUAAGAGCCUUAUAGCUUUUUUUUAUUCUAAUUGGAUUAUUACAUUUUGUAAACCUCCAAUCCACUGGAAGACAGGAGAAUGAGUGUUAAUUUGUAUUACCAAGUUCAGUAUCCUUAUUAUAACUAAGAACAUAAAUCAAACAUUUGGGGGAUUUUUGUACCAAUUAACUGUACACUGCAUCCACAUGAGAAAAUACCUCAUUUAAAAGAAUUAGCAGGGGGCAAGGUUAUUCCACAGCUUUAUUAAUUACAUUUAGCAUCAACACCAAUUCAGCUUGAAUUACAUUAUUUUGGACUUAAUACAACCAGUGGCGUUUUUCUGCUCCUUAUUAUCCUAGAAAAGAAAGUGCCGGAUAACAAAGGAAAUGAUAAACAAUAUAAUAUAUUAAAGUGUGGGAUAAAUCAUCUACAUAUUACACACACACAAAAUGUAUGACUGCUCAGGACAAUUGGACGCCAUAUGCUUAGAUAUUACAUUUCGCAUGAAUUUCUUCAUAUAGGUUUCUUGAUUUCUAUUGGCAAAAGCUCAUUUGAUGAUAAGCAUUCCGCUGGCAUUCAUAGGGCCACACUACACCUUUUUAGAGCUGGUAUAUGAAACUAUAUACAGUACUAGUGAGUAAUAUUAAUGUUACAAUAAUAAUAAAAGUUGGUAUGUUUGCACCAAGUUAGGGAACACUUAGCAACCAAUGAUAUGUUAUAGGUGACUAUUAAAUGCUUGCUAAGUGGCUGGAACAGGUUACUCAGCCUGGUGCAAAAAUAAAAACUGAGCUCCGUGGUGUUUUCCUGUAAAAUGCUAUUAACAAGUCAUACUCUUUUCGCGAAAACAGAAAUAAAAGGUAUCAAAUAUGCUCUCACCCCCCCCCCCGCUACAAUAAAAUUAUUUUUUUUCAGGAAAAGAACAUAAGAUCAACAAAUAAAUACUUUAAAAUAGAGUGUAAUUCGGUGGAAAACAUAUACUCAAGUAUACUUUAAUAUUCUUAUAAUAAGACAACACUCAAAUGCUCAGAGGGUUUGUACCCAACACAAACCAUUUAUUCUACAAUCAAUGAAACAAAGUCAAUUACUCCCAAUUACUGCAGCCUAUAACAGAAUAGUACUACAGACUUAUUUCACCUUUAGUCAAAGAAGAAGCCAUUUUUGUCCAGGAGUAUGUCUUGUAUCUCAGAUAUUACAAAAAAAAAUAAGAUGUAAGGUAUCCUGUGAAAUUAAAUGUGUGUGAUGUUAAAUAUGGGAUAUUUGAGAGUAUAUGACCAUGAUUCCAUUGCUAAAACAUGCUUGCACUGCAUCCAGUUAUAACUAAUGGGAUAUAUUGGGGGGUGAGAGAAAUCUCUUACGCUCUCAGAAUAUUUGUGAAAUGUGUGUUUAUGAUCUAAAGUACCAAAUUUUUAGCACUAAUACCAAAUGUAUUUUGACCGUGCAGUAUUAAAUACUCUGUAAAACUCUGCUAAAUCCAUAUGAUGGCUCCACUGGCAAUGACAGCUGAAACACGGGGUAGUAAAUAUUGUUGGCAGUACUUUUUGAAGAAUGAUAAUUCCACAGAAAUCCACAGAACAUAAUUAACCAGUGUGUUAUAAUGCUGGUGUGGUGGAACCAUGUUUAGACCCUGACCCUUACUUUUCAGACAGAACAAGUCUAAAAGUAUGUUCACUAUUUUCAUGGUUACACUGUAUUCUUUUCACUAGCUGUUUUUCUCGGUUUGCCUUAAUUCAUUCUAUAUUACUCGAUCCGCAACUGAAGCCAACGUGAAAUAGAGUGAGACAUUGUUUGAUUGUGUUUGUUGCUAUAGAGCUUUUGUUAUCUUGUGCCUACAAAACUGUUUACAUGAAAAAUAACAUGUAUAAAUUGAUCAGCAUAGCAA